ACUAAUUCGACCAUGCUGAUCGUUUUCUGUUUGAUUUGUGUACUGUAUAAAGCAACGUCGGCUGAGAAAAAUGUUCUGACUUCCGCUUCUGAAUCAGGUGUCUAUUUUUAUGGGAAAACAGCAGAACGAGUUAUGAACAUCUUGUUAAAUGGAAACCAGCGAAAUAUUUUACCAUCAGUAUCGAGACCAAAGGACUGCUCAUAUCUAGACAAAAAAAUUAGAUAAAAGUGGUGUUUACAAAAUAUAUCCAGAUAACGGAACAGGAUUUGACGUUUUUUGUGAAAUGGAAGUUGACGGUGGUGGCUGGACGGUUUUUGUAAACAGAAUGGAUGGAUCCGAAAGUUUUGAUAGGAAAUGGCAGGAAUAUGAAAAUGGUUUUGGGAAUUUGAAGAAAGAGUUUUGGCUCGAUUUUGGAUAUUCAAAUGUUUUGGCCUCGAGCAUCACUGAAGAGACAUUAACAGUCGAAGUGCGCAUCUGGUGCAUCACUAUUGGAAAUACGAAUCUCCAUCGACUGACAUCAAGGGUCAAAACAGAAAUGCGGGUUGAAAUGAAAAACUUUAAAGGAGAAAAGAGAUUUGCUAAGUAUUCCACGUUUAAAGUCGGAGAUGCUGCAUCAAAAUACAAACUGACAGUAAAGGGCUUUACCGGAAACGCAGGAGAUGCUAUGAAAUAUCACAAUGGACUUGCUUUCUCGACGAAAGAUAAAGAUAAUGAUAGAAAUAGAAGUGGUAACUGUGCGCAAACAGGUGGUUGGUGGUUCCAUUGGUGUGAUCAUGUUUGUUUCACUCUUUAUCAUAGACGAAAUGGUAAAAAAGGGGAACAACUCAUCAAAUGGGAGACUUGGAAAGAUUCAAUGUAUUCCUUAGAGACUGCUAGCAUGAUGAUCCGUAGAAAAUGAAAAAGCCUCAUUUUAACAUGAAUAAAUAAAAUAUUAUUUUUGUAAAUUAAA